AUGCCCGAUAUCCCCAUUGUUGUCUUGGGGGGUGGCGGUGUUGGAAAAAGUUGCCUGACUAUUCAGUACAUCCAGGGUCAUUUUGUGGACAAGUAUGACGCCACCAUUGAGGAUGUGUAUCGCAAGCCUAUCGAUAUUGACAACCAACCUGCAGUGCUAACAAUAGUAGAUACAGCAGGACAAGAUGCCUUUGGUGCGAUGCGUGACCAGUAUUUGCGGAAGGGAGAGGGCUUUGUUUUGGUGUAUAGCAUCACCGACACGGAAAGUUUUCAGCAGCUGAAACGUAUAUAUGCCCAGCUUUGCCGCGUAAAAGGGGACCAACCCGUUUUCUGCGUGGUGGUUGGGAACAAAAUCGACGAGGUGAACUACCGAGUCGUAAGCACUGAGGACGGCAAUCAGUUUGCAGCGCAGGUGCGAUGCCCGUUUCUUGAGGUGACGGCCAAAAAUCGAGGGAUGGCAGAAAAAGUAUUUGAAACACUAGUUCGUACCAUUCGAAACGGGGGCACUGCAUGCGAGCAGCGGGUUGCGAACGGUGUGGGGAAGCCCCCCUGCACCGAUGCAAGAGGGAACGGGGCGACGACUCAUCCAAACAUGAAAGCGGCUCCGCAGGUUGUAGAUCCUCCUGCUAUUCCAUCGCCUGCCUAUCCAAAGAGGAAAAAAAGACGUUGCGUUUUAUUGUGA